AGAAGUGGGCCAGGGCAUCUUUGGGGGUGGUGGAGUGCAGAGAAGGUGAUCUACAGCAGAGGAGACCCAGCGACCAGCAACCAUGACGGACCAGCAGGCCGAGGCCCGGUCCUACCUCAGCGAGGAGAUGAUCGCUGAGUUCAAGGCCGCCUUUGACAUGUUUGAUGCUGAUGGUGGUGGGGACAUCAGCGUCAAAGAGUUGGGCACUGUGAUGAGAAUGCUGGGCCAGACACCCACCAAGGAAGAGCUGGAUGCCAUCAUUGAGGAGGUGGAUGAAGAUGGCAGCGGCACCAUCGACUUCGAGGAGUUCUUGGUCAUGAUGGUGAGGCAGAUGAAAGAGGACGCGAAGGGAAAGAGCGAGGAGGAGCUGGCCGAGUGCUUCCGCAUCUUCGACAGGAACGCAGAUGGCUACAUCGACGCCGAGGAGCUGGCUGAGAUUUUCAGGGCGUCUGGGGAGCACGUGACGGAGGAGGAGAUCGAAUCCCUGAUGAAAGAUGGAGACAAGAACAAUGACGGCCGCAUCGACUUUGACGAGUUCCUGAAGAUGAUGGAGGGCGUGCAGUAAAAGAAACUGGCUGGUCAAGGUCCUGGGGCGUAGGCAGCUCCGCCCCCGCCCCGUGGGAGAGGCCAGGCCCCUUGGGCCCUGCAUCUGAAAGGAAUAAAAGCCAAUAUUGCAAAGCUG